AUGAUCGAACUCAGAUCAUAUUUUGGUCAGUAUGCUGAUGAUCAAAGUUACUUAUCGUCAAUUGAAUUCAAUCGUGGUGGUAAUGCAACAAGUCUGAUAAUUUCAUCGCCACAUGGUGGUUUUCUUGGUGCAAAUUUAACAUUAAAAAAAUCAUCGAAUAAUGAAACAUUAUCAACAAUAUUAACGGAAUUGCCUGUAGCUGGUUGUUAUAACGAUACUGUAAAGCAAUGUGUAUAUACAUUAAAAGAUUGUUUAAAGUCGUCUAACAAAACCAUUUCGUAUCAUGCCGAUGCAAGAUGUGUUAUCGAUCGUAGUUCAACAUUAUCGAUGUAUUUAUUAACGAGAUCUAUAGCAAAAGCAUUUGUAUCAAAUCAUCAUCCGUUUACAAUACUGAAUAAAUUAACUCGUCAAUAUGUUGAUCCAGCUGAAAAUUUACUUCUAGGAACAUUCUUACUCGAAAGUGCUAUUCGUGUGUACUUUGAUUAUCAUCGAUUAAUAGCUAUGGCUAAAGAAGCUAUACGCUCACCGUCGCGUGGUCUUUUCAUUGAGUUUAUCUUUCAUCGACAUUCUCAAACAGUACAACUUGGUUAUGGUUUUGACCCAUUCAGUUCAUCUCGUCUUAGUAAACCAUUGGAAUCGACUAUGCGUGAAUUGAUUUCACGUUCCGGUCCUAGCGUCAUUAUAGGAAACAGCUCAUUGGCUUAUUUCUUAAGACUUAACGGUUUUGAUUAUGUUAUUCCCAUGGAACAAUCACAACAACAGAGACAAAUUAGAUAUCUUUUAUCAACUUACUCAACACGAAUGCAUGCUGAUCAACGAUUUAAUGCAAUUCUAUUCUCAUAUCCCAUCGAACGUUUAAGAAAGCAUUCAAUCGAAAAAGAAGCAAAGCGUAUUGCCAAGGCUAUCGAACAGUUUAUACAAACAAACAACAUAAAGAUUCUUUCUUCUUUUGCUUCGCCUUCGUUAUCAGCUAAUCGAAUUGUGUGGUUAUUUUUAUUAUUCUUAUCACAAUGCUGUACCAUUUUGUACAAUUAUCAUUGA